AUGGCUCAACAACAUCAAGCGUCACCCUGGGAGGGUGUCAUCUCGGGUACGACGGCGGCCAUUCUGGCUAGUGUGAUUGUAUACCCUCUUGAUAUUGUUAAAACCCAGUUACAAGUUCACGUUCAACGACAGAAACAGCAAGAUGCCAACGAUCGAGAAGAACAAACCGACACAUCAGAAAAUCCUACAGCCUACGCUCAUCAUGACAACUUCAUCGAUGCAAUCAGCUACAUACUUCGCGAAGAAGGUAUUCUUGGUCUAUACAGUGGCUUGGGAAGUUCAAUCCUCGGCACGGCGUCAAUGAACUUUGCCUAUUUCUACUGGUCAACAACCGCGCAAAGCUUACAACAAUCAGCAUGGCGCAAAUAUGGAAUCUCCGACACAAACAGUAUCGCCAAGGAGCUGGGUCUAGGCGCAAUUGGUGGUGCAAUGGCCCAACUAUGCACAAACCCAAUCGCAGUGAUAUCUACACGGCAGCAAACCCGGAAAGCAACUGAUCGGCAACGAUCAAUGUGGGAGACAAUGGUGGAAAUUAUCCAGAGUGAAGAUGGCUGGACCGGACUUUGGAGAGGCUUCAAGGUCAACUUGAUCCUUGUUAUCAAUCCCAUGAUUACAUAUGGUGUUUACCAAUGGUUGAAGGGGGUUCUACUUGGACUGAAGAAGACAAAGGGACUUGGAUCUGCUGAUGCUUUCUUGCUCGGCGCUUUAUCAAAAGUUCUAGCGACCAUCACCACGCAUCCGCUAAUCGUUGCUAAGACAAUGCUGCAAUGCAAACCGCCAGAUUGUCGGAAUGGUAAACCGUUCUCGGGAUUUACCGAAGUUCUUGUUUAUAUUGUCAAGAAUGAAGGCCUCCUGAGACUAUACAAGGGCUUGGCGCCGCAGAUUAUCAAGGGCUUUUUGGUCCAAGGGUUGAUGAUGAUGUUGAAAGAACGGACUGAGAUUUUGAUCAGAAGAGCAAUACUACUUAAUAGAAAGCAGCGGCUGGCUUCUCUGAAGUAA